AUGUCGAAUCAGGUUAAGUCUGAAACUCCGGAGUUGGAACAGGCAGGACAGCAAUUGCUCCCACAACAGUUGCAACUGCAGGCUAAGAGACGUAGGGUCACGCGAGCGUGUGACGAGUGCAGGAAGAAAAAAGUUAAAUGUGACGGGCAGCAGCCGUGUAUACACUGCACUGUGUACUCGUACGAGUGUACGUACAAUCACCCUACAAAGAGGACGUUUAACAGCAACCAGCAGACGUACGGUAGUAGUAAUUUGAGCUCUGGUAGUCUCAACAGUGCAUCUUCCGCAACGGCAACUGCAGGUGCAACGGCCGCGUUCAGUGGAAGCGAUGCCAGUCUGCAGAGGCAUACGGGCGGGAACGGCACCCCAGUUCAUAACACUUUCCCUGGAGGUUCGCAACACGCCGCAGUGAAGAAAUACAGCUCAAAGUCAUCGAAGAAUUUGCAACAGCAGUUGGCCAGGUACCAACAACUGUUCAAGGGAAUGAUGCCUGACAUGCCUGACAUUGGGUCCCUUGAUGUCCCGACUUUCCUACAGAUAUUCCAACACUUCAAGGGCUCAGAGCCCACAUUCCUCGACGAUUCCGUCAAAGAAUAUUUCCUAAUCGUUGGAGACGCAUUAUCGCCGUCGCAAUUGCAAUCGCCUAAAAUGUCACCACCAGACAGUACGUCGAACAGCUCACACCUAAAGAACGUUGCAAGCAGCACAUCACUGGCGGAUGCUAUGGAACAGGCAGAUACCCCGCAGUCCGCGUGCCAAAUGGGGAGAGAAAUUAAGAUCAUGUUACCACCAAAGCCAGUCGCCUUAUUGUUUGUGAAAAACACCUGGGAACAUUGCUGCGUCUUGUUAAGAUUUUACCAUAGACCCUCGUUUAUCCAACAGUUGGAUGAACUGUACGACACUGAUCCGCACAAUUACACGUCAGAGCAGAUCAAGUUUUUACCACUGUGCUACUCUACAAUAGCCGUAGGUGCUCUUUUCUCAAAAGCUAUCGAAGUCAAGGAAAAUACACUCGGGUAUGAAAAGGAGAAUGCAAUGGACAGGGGCACUUUCCUGCAAGACGAGGGGUAUAAGUACUUCAUUGCCGCACGGAAACUGAUCGAUAUCACCAACACGAGGGACAGCAACUCGAUCCAAACCGUGCUGAUGUUGUUCAUCUUUUUGCAAUGCUCUGCACGGUUAUCCACCUGUUACGCAUACAUCGGUGUCGCUAUGAGAAGUGCGCUUAGAGAAGGGUUUCACAGGAAAGUGGGGCCCGAGUCCGACUUGUCCCCGCUCGAGAUCGAAAUAAGGAAAAGACUGUUCUACACCAUUUACAAACUGGACGUAUACGUCAACGCCAUGCUGGGACUACCAAGAUCUAUAUCACCGGAGGACUUCGACCAAGUUUUGCCCUUGGAACUUUCAGACGAGAAUAUCACAGAACAGGCCUACUAUCCAGAAAGAGAAGAUGGUAGCUUGUCGAGUACCGGUAUCGCCAACUGUCACACGAGACUGAUCAUGAUCUUGGAUACCAUAAUGAGGAAGCUAUAUCCGAUCAAGCGACCCAAUAACGUCAUCUCCCAUGAGACGGUGACCAACUUAGAAAAAUUGUUAAGAGACUGGACAAAUACCCUCCCCGCGGAGCUCAAACCAAACGGGAAAUCAAUGCCUCCAAGGUACGAACGUGCAAAUAAACUACUGCAUCUGUCCUUUUUACACGUGCAGAUCAUUCUUUAUAGACCAUUCAUCCACUUUUUGUCACGUAACUUCGCUACACCGGUACCAGACCGAUUAUCCAUUCAGCGCGCCAGGAACUCCAUUACCGUCUCGAGGACUGUCGUUAGGAUGGCACAAGAGAUGGUUAACAAGAACCUGAUUUCGGGCUCCUACUGGUAUGCCUGCUAUACAAUCUUCUACUCCGUUGCUGGACUACUGUUCUACAUCCACGAGGCCGACUUGAAGGACAAAGAGAGUGCACGAGAAUACUACGAGAUCCUGAAAGAUGCAGAAACAGGGAGAGACAUUCUGGUGCAACUGAAAGAUACGAGUAUGGCUGCAAACAGAACUUAUAACAUUCUCAACAAUCUGUUUGAUAAAUUGAACUCCAAGACUUACAAACUGACAAGUCUUCAUGUAUCCCCCAUUCAAAAGAAAUCUCAAUUGGCAGAUACAUACAGUGCAGCCCAAUCCGAUGCCAGUGGGGCAUCCAGUUAUAACAUUGAGAAAUUUGUCACAGAAACUCCAAGUCUGGCUGCACCCGAUGACCUUCAAUCCUUAAAAGGCAGGUAUGAUGGAAUAGACUCAGUGACAGAGCUCAACGACAACGAAUCUUCCAUUGGUGAUAGCAAAGAAAAAUCUCCAGAGAUGGGUAUGGAGAAUGACUUGUUCUUGAAGACAGAAGCCACCGAAAUGAACCCGAUGUUUGGCUUCAACGCUGACCGUAACGAACAGUACCUCGCACCAAGCAUAAAUUCACCGUCGUUCGACCUUAUGAGACAAACUGGUAAUCAAAUGACCCCUACGAAUGACAAUAAUGCAACGAACAGCUUCGAUCCCGCAAAGUUCGCAGACGGUAACCAAAACUCCGAGACAAAAGUCAAAAGAGAACAGUUCGAUGAUGAUGUGGGCAUUCUUGACGUCUUUGACCAACUAGAUGCCCAGUUGUUUGGGAGGUAUGUGCAGAACGGUGCCAGCCAACCCAAUCAGCAACCGCAGGUCAGGGAAUAA